AUACUUUACCUGGUUGUAUUUAGUGUUAUUUCUUCCUGAUACGAAAACCAUAUUACACACAUACAUACGGUGUAUAUGAAUUUCUUUAAACGAAUUAAGGUUUAAAUUCAAAAUGAAUACGCAGAUAAACAUAUUUGAAACCUCUUAAAUGGCGACAGAUUCUCCGUGUGAGGAUAAAAUCAAACGAGCUGUAAAGAAAAAAGAUGUGGAAACUAUUCUCCGUUUGUGUGACGAUAUUUCUUACAGAACAAGUAUUCUAAACUUCAGAAAAGAUGGAAGGCGAUUAGUGCACGUUGCAGCUCAGUUUGGUUCUGUAAUAUUACUUGAAAAAUUAUGUAGCAUUGGUUCCGAUUUAACAGUUCUAAGUCAUGAUACAUAUGAAUAUCAUAAUGGUGGACUAGAUACUACUUUACAUAUUGCAUGUGCAUGUGGUCAUAUCGAAGUAGUCAAAUACUUGCUUCAAACUGUACAAAAUGUUUCAUUCAAAAAUGUAGCGACGAUUAAAGAUAAAGAUAAAAGUUACAGAAAUGCAUUUUACUAUGCAGCACAGUCAGGAAGUGUUGAGGUUGUGAAAUGUCUUCAAACGCUUGGAAAACUAGACAUCAAUGAAAUUUUACCGCAUAAUAGAACAACGCUAUCAGUAGUUGUUGCAGAAACUGAUUCUGCAAGUGCACAAAUCUUGUGUGAAUGUGGUGCCAAUGUUAAUCUUGGAACGUUUGAACGAGGACUUAAACCUAUUCAUUAUAUAGUAGAAAAACCUAAUAGUGCUGAAAUAAUUAAAGUCUUAUUGAAUUUUGGAGCAAACGUAAAUGAACCCUGGGAGAAACAUUCGAGAAGAUCAUGGUUACGACAGUCUCCACUUUUCAUGGCACUUAAACACGGCUUUGCUGAUAAUGCUAAAAUCCUUAUAGAAGGCGGGGCGAACGUGUCUUUUGUUGGCCAAGGUGCGAAUUUGGGUUCAAUAAGUUGUUUUAGUUUGGCAGCAAAGAGAUGCCCAGCAAUAAUUUCGGAAUUUCUCAAACAUGGAGCCGAUCCAAACGAAUCACUCAAUGGUCAAUCUUUGUUUAUGAUGGCCAUGGAUGAUUAUGCCUCCAGUGAUACGAUAAAAGCCUUUGUGGAAGCCGGAGCCGAUGUUAACCAAAAUAGAAAUGGGAAAACGCUCAUUCAAAGUUGUACAUGUUACGAACAACUGAGGCCAUUUAUCGAAGGAGGAGUUUCUGUUAAGAUAAUAGAAUCCAAACAUAAGGUUUAUACAAUAUCACUAGCUCUUGAAAGUAGGUAUACAUCAGACACAAAAUCCUUAUCGGAUUUGUUAUCAAAAGGAGCCGAUCCAAAUUUGAAGCCAGAGGGCAAAGACCCCCCAUUGAUUGUGGCAACGAAAAAGAAUCUAUCAGAAGAUGUAGAAUGUCUGAUAAAGGGAGGUGCUCAAUUAGAUGACGUUAGUAGAGAUGGAGAUACUGCAAUUGUGGUGUGUUGUAAGAAAGUAUCGCAUUCCUGUUUUCAAACACUGAAUAUUUUGAUUGAUUCCGGUGCCUCACUGAAUAUAGCGAGCAAUGAAGGGGAAUAUCCCUUAGAGUUGCUGGCCCAACGAAUUGAAAAGGACAAACAUUCUGGUGCCAAUCUGAUGAGACAUUUAUUCGGAUACCAGUCUUCACACAAAGAAGAAAUAGAAAAUUGUGUCACUAAAAUGUUAGCGAAAGGAGCUAACCCAAACAUUACAAAGAAGGGCAACAAUUCACCUUUAAUCAUAGCAGUGCAAAAACAGUCAGAAGAUUUUGUUCAAAUAAUGUUGGAUGCUGGAGCACAUAUUUUGCAUGUUGGUGAAAAUCAAAGAACAGCUUUAGAUCUAUGCUUUAUUCGAGGUUCAAGGUCAAUUAGAGAUAUUAUUGUCAAAACAUUCGUCGAUAACCUAAAAGGGUACACGACGUCAGAUACAGUAGGUCCAUACCUUGUUAACUUGUUGAUAGAAAACGGUGUUGAAGAUUCGAUUGUAGAAUAUGCUGUAUCGAGAGGACUAAAUCCAAAUCGAGUCAUGCUUUGCGAAGACUCUCCAUUGAUGAAAGCUAUCAAAAGAAGAAGAUACAAAAUAAGCUGUGCUCUUAUUGAAGCAGGUGCAGAUGUAAUAUAUGCAAAUUCUGAUGGAACGAAUGCUUUUGAUAUAUUUUCAGAAAUUUGCAAGAAGUUACAGAAAAGUCAAGAUACAAACAAAAGACAUCGGUCAAAACCUAAACGUUUGUAUCCAAGAAAUACAGAAACUGCCGAAGAUAUGGAUGAGCAAAUGUCGACAGAUAUUCUGACUAAUUUAUUUAGAUGUUUUAUGGUGUCGGGUAUUGAAGUAAAUAAACCGACCAAGUAUGGUAUAUAUCCGCUUCAAAUCCCAAUUUGGCUUAAUAGUUUCGAGAUGACGAAAUGGUGUCUUGAACGAGAUGCGGAUGUGAACAUUGUAAACGAUUUAAACAAUGCACCUUUGACAAUUGCACUUGAAAAUGGACAAAUAGAUAUUGUACAACUCCUUCUGGAUUCCAAGGCGAAUCUUAACUUUACUGGACAUGUAAGGUCGGAGACUGAAAUUAAGGGUAAGGAAAGCAAGAACAAAGAUUGUAUCGAUGACGAUAUUGAAGAUUCUUUGUUGACUACAGUAAUACGUGGUAAUACAAAUACAAAAGAAGUGCUUGUAAAGAUGCUUUUAAAAGUAGGUGCUGAUCCAAAUAUUUCUGUAAAAGGCGACGACUCACCGUUACUACAUGCUGUUCGUUCAAGAAACAUUGAAAUUAUUAAGAUUCUCCUUGAAGCAGGUGCAGACGUGAAUCAUGUUGGAUUGAACAGUUAUACUGCUCUACAUGUUUAUUUUCAACAUGAUGGCAAUGAAAUUAGUUCAUACACGCAAUUUUUAAAGAAAGAUAGGCAAAUAAGAGGACACUCUGGGCCUUCGCAAAUCUUACAACUGUUACUCAGUGCAGGAGCACCAACACUGUCUUUGUCUGUUUCAAACGAACUUCCAGUUCAUUUUGCCUUACAGUUGUGCGCACAAAUAGAGGAGGGAGAAAGUGAAGAAGAUAUUCGUCUUUUGUUAGAUUACUACAAAGAUGUAAACAUUCCAGAUAACAACGGAAAUACGCUUUUAAUACUUGCAUGUGCGGAGUUUACUUUUAAUAUCAUCAACAAAAUCAUUUUACAAGGAGCUGAUGUAAAUUACAGCGGAAACAAUGGUUUAACUGCUGUGCAAGCACAUAUGGAUAGUGAGAUAUUUGACAAAGAGGUAGUAUCAUUACUCAUUAAAAAUGGGGCUGAAAUCAACAAGAUAAAUGAUUUAGGAGAAACUGCCUUGAUUCGCUAUAUCAAAAGAGGAAGACAACACGCUUUGGAAAAGAAUGUUUUGUUCUUAAUUGAAGUUGGUGCUGAUCCAAAAACUAGUGUAAAAGAUUGUAAUUCAGCGUUAAUAGAGGCUUUAUCUCUGAAUCUAUUUAACAUAUCCAUUUGCCUUCUGAAAGCUAAUUCCGAUGUUAACCACGUUGGAGCAAAUGGCACAACUGCUCUUCAAGUUAUACUUAGAAAAGUUAAAACUACAGAGGUAAAAUGCUCUGAAGAGAAAGACGUGGCAGACAGAGAAUUCACUUUUCCAGUCACGACUGAUGUAGAAAGAGUAAAACAAAUCCGAAGCGUAGUUUAUACUUUUAUUACUCUACUUCUGAGUGCUGGAGCAGACGUCAAUUUCGUAUCAAAAGAUGGGGAAUCACCAUUAUAUAUUCUGCUUAAGCUACAUGACACAGGAUUGGUUAAUGUGAUUCUUCGACUUUUCAUUGAGAAGGAAGCAGAUCCAAAUAAGGGCCUCGAGGUGCCGUUGAUUUUAGCUGCUGAACUAAAUAGACAGAAGGCAUUGAAAAUGUUACUGGACGCCGGUGCAACGGUUGAUAAAUUGAAUCAACACGGUGAAACAGCACUUAUCACGUCUCUACGCGCUUUUAGUAAAAGUCUCGACGUUAAAAACAUCGGAACAGUCAAAAUACUUCUUGAAUCUGGAGCUUCGUUUUAUUUGAAAGAUACACGCGGAAAUAUUCCUCUUUCAUUGCCGUUUAUGUCGGGAACGCAUGCGUUGAAUAUCAACCCUAAAUGUGAUGUUAUCAUAAUGAUGAUGCUUUCAACAUUACUUGAAAAAGGUGCAUGCCCUAAUAAGCAGCCAGAUGGUGAAGAUUCUUCCCUGAUGUUAGCAGCUGAGAAUUGUCUUCCGGAAUGUGUCAAACUGCUUCUAAAAUCCGGUGCUCAUUCAGAUCAUAUAGGGAAGGACGGAAAAACAGCUUUACAUAAAUGUAUCUCAGCAACAGGAUUUCUUCCAUGUAGAACCAGUCGUUACAGAACAACAGGCAAGCAUAGUUCUAGAUCUGGUACAAUGUUGGAAAUGGAAAAUUUCGUAAAUUUGGAGGAUAAAAAAAGGACCGACAAAAAUAGACUAAAAAUACUAGAAUUGCUUUUAUCACAUCGCGCGCGUGUAAACGUUGACGAGGAGGGACACGAUUCACCUUUACUGCUUGCCAUACAAUAUGAAGAUAUUGAAGCAAUUAAAGCACUACUCAAAGCAGGGUCAAACCUUUUUCACAGAGGAGUGGAUAGGCUUAAUGCAUUCGAAAGAUGUCUAAAGUCAGGAUACAGUGGUGGUUUGACGAUAUUUGACAUUUUACUCGAGCAUCAAACACCAGAGAAAGAUAGUAUUGACAGCUUGUUUCAUCUGUUAUGGGAAUACGUGAAAGGAAGGGAAUUAUUUAGAAAGCCUCUUCUUGAAGGCGUUUGUGUGAAGUUAUUGUCGACAGAUAUAGAAAUAACGGUUGAUUUAGGCACGUCGAAUGAGGAUUCUCCGCUCAUCUAUUUUUGUCAGUUACAAUGUUUGGAAGUUGUAAAGAUGUUACUUGCAAGAAAAGCUGAUGUUAAUCAUAUUGGAACUGGUGGGAAAACUGUCCUACACACUUUGAUAGAUAUGACAAACAAAGAUGCGUCUGAUUUUCAGCAAAUGGUGGAAAUGAUUUUUUGCGCAAAACCAAAUUUUGAUAUAAAAGAUGAGUGUGACAAAUCACCAAUAGAAGAAUCUGCCUACAAAUAUCAUCACCAAUAUUUUCAUAAUUUUUCAGACCUCACAAAUGUUGGUGUGUUAGUACAACAUUUAUUAGACGCUGGAGCUAGUCUUCCCUCCAGUGACCUAGACAAACUUUUGAAAAAGGCUGCAGAAAAUGGUGACUUUAGGACAAUGGAAAGUGUUUGUCGUCACGGAGCAAAUAAAGACAUGACAGACAAAAAUGAGAACAUGAUAUUACACAUAUGCUGGUCAAAGACAUUAGAUGGAGCACUGCAAUUUCUCGAAUACUACAAGGCAGAAGAUGGAUCUCUCAUCAAAAUCAAUAAGGACGGUAAUUCACCAUUGCUUGUAUUAUUGAAUGAACAAAGAGAUAAAAGUGAGAAAAUAGAGACUCAAACUGCCAAUAUAGCAGCAUAUUUUAUGAAAAAUACUAAUACUAAGAUUUUAGAUAAAUAUGGAAAUUCACCAUUGCAUGUGGCUGUGGAAGCUGGUAUGGUCAAAACAGUAGAGGCUCUACUCGCAUCUGGUGCAAUUGCUAGUAAGCAAAAUCUAAAAGGUCGCACAGCCCUUCAUGUAUGCUUAGAAAAACCGAAAUCAAAUAUAGUAGAAGUUGUAUCAAAGAUUAUGGAAAGUGAAAACCCAUCAGUUGAACUUGAAGUAUCAGGUAAAACACCUCUUUACUUAGCGACAAAUCUUUACGAACGUUACUACAUGUACGACUACAACUGUACAAAAGAGAUGAUGAAACAGCAGUCGCGAGUUGUUGAGGUAUUAAUUCAACAUGGCGCUAAUCCAAACAGUCAUAACCGUAGUAAUAUUCCAUUGCUAUCAGCUGUAAAAGCAGGCGAUAUUGACACUGUGUCUCUUCUUUUGGAAACGGGAGCUCUGGCUGAUGUUACUGAUGAAAAAGGACAAUCAGCAAUCCAUGUACUUUUCAGUGAAAUGCCACACAUCUCUAAAGAUGCUGAAAUGGUAUUGUUGCAACUUCUUAUUGAUAAUGGAAUAAGUGUAAAUGCCACUGACGAUGACGGAAAAUCUGCAUUGAUUGUUGCUGUAGAGCGUUAUGAAGAUCGAAAGUUCAGACAACGAUUUGUAUCGCGCAAAUCGAAUCCUUCUUUUACAAAUAAUAUAAUCAACGAAUUGCUUCGUCAUGGAGCUGAUGUCAAAGCAGUGGACAAGAGAGAUCGAACUGCACUUAACAUAUUUUGUCAAAAAGGGUCUACGAUAGAAAUCGGAAGAAGUCUUCUCAAAGCAGGGGCUGAUCCAUCAGUAGGAAAUUGUUUACAGUCAGUUUUAGAUAACCGCGAGUUGCGCGAAAAUCCGGAAUUAUUUAUGGAGCUUCUUAAAAAUGGGGCUAACCCAAAUAUGUAUUCUGGAGGUGGUUCCAAUCUUAUUGAUGCUACUAAAAAGGGAACGAAGCCAUUAGUAGAGGAAUUGUUGAGAUAUGGUGCUGACGUCAAUUUUGUAGACUAUGAAGCAAAAGGUGCUCUCCACUAUGCAUGUGCAUGUGAAAUAGAGACACCAAAAGAGAGAAGUGAUAUUAUUCAUUCGCUGAUUACGCAUGGGGCAAAGCUUAAUCAAAUUUCUACAGAAUUCAGAAGACCUUUAGAUUGCUUGAUAUAUAGAAUGAUUAAAGAUAUCCAGGAGCUUAAAAAACUUCAUGAUGAGAUUCACAGUUUUCAAUAUUUGAAGAUAGAUUUGUCAUCAUUUAAUUACCUUGUCCGAUGUGGUUGCGAAUUAGCUCCAAUUGAGGAUAUAGACACUACAUACUUCCAUGAUGAAUAUCGCAUGAUACCAGAUUUUCCAAAUGAAACAUCGUCAUUUUUAUUCCUCAUAAAAAACGGAUUGUUAACUGCUGCAACCUUUUUAAUACGAUGUGGAUGGGAAAUUGAAAAGGAGGAAUGGAUUGACAGUUUUGAUAUAAGUAAACUGGAUGUGUCAACUGUUCAAAUCAAAUAUGAAAGAUGCAACAGAAUAAACAUGGAAAAAGCAAAAGCAGAUUUCUGGAACUUUUUGGAAACUUUCAGAAAAAGUACAAGAUCACUGUCAAUGCUUUGCAUAAAUAGUAUUAGAAAACAAAUGUUGUCUGCGUCGAGUGGAUCAGAGAUUGAAACUAAAAUAGAGGCACUACAAGUUCAAAAGAAAAUUAAGUCAUUUAUAAAUUUGACUGAAUUUAUGCAAGACGAGGAAAUUAUUAUGUUGGAGGAAACAGAGAGAGCACCACCUCGAAAUCGCCUUGGCUUCGGUGUAAUGUCGUCAAUGUUGGAUUCGAACACAUUUGAUUCGGCAACAUAUGAAUAUUCUGCUUCGACGUACCUGUAUAAUGAUGAUGAUUUAUCAUUAGAAGACAUGAUUGAUCAGGAGCUAAUGUAGUCUAUAAUAUUUUCAAAAAGACAAACAUGGAAACACUUUUUGUGUUAGAUUACCUAAUUGUUUUAAAGUAAAUAUUUUUGUAUAUAAGAAUUUGAAAUAUUGUACAUUCGCCAAUCUAUGCAAAAUCGCUAAAAUCGACUUUCUUUGUUUUGAAAACGAUAAAUGUGCUCGAUAUACUUACUGAAGUGUAAUGAGAUAAUUAGUUUUCUAUGUUGUGUUUUGUAAGCUAUUGUUUUCUUCUGAUCGUUUUUCGUUUUUAGCCAUGGGAUUGUUAGUUUGUGUUCGACUUAUGAGUUUGAAUAACACUUUGGUAUCUUCCGCCCUUCUUUUUAAGCGAUAAAUUUCCCUUGACAUUUAUGUACGUUACGUCAAAAAAGUUUCAUAUGGCACCAAUAGCGCUCAUUAUAUGGCAGACUUGUUCCUGUAUUGUUAUAAAUCACAGUUUAUUGUCAAACUCGGUAAAGAUUUGUUUAUUUUACGCAAAAAUAUCUUCAAUAUUAUUGAAUUUAUCAAUUAAAUUAAUAUGAACAGCAACAUGUGAAACUCUAUUCAAAACUUUAAAGUAAAGGAUGUUUUUUUCGUUUCCUAUUGUUAAUUUUCUUGGAUAGUGAUUUUCAUUUCCCCCCCAUCCGUGUGUAUAUUUCCAAACUCGUUCGCCUUGCGGGCGUAUACGUAUUUGGUAACGUUAUACAUUUUAAUGAACGUUAUAGCCAUAAAUAUCCAUAAAUAUAGCCAAGACUGCAUUAAAUAAGUUACGUAAAUUAUCGAUCCUUUUAUAAACUUAUUCUGAAAGGUGAUCAAUUUAACGGACUGAGUGUAAUAUAAUUUUUGAAUGUUGAUUUUAUCGGAAAUUGGAUGUUUUUUUUUAUUUAUGAAAUAAAACAUAACUAAUUGAG